UCAGUUCGCGGCCUGCUUCAAGACAGGAUGGAGUUAACUAGUUGGCAUUAUUUAGUGAAACACCGUCACCGAUAUUAAAUGAGAAUCAAUCCCAAAUGAGACAAAGCCACAUCCGGUAAGAUCGUUACUCGUACAUUUCCUCUUAGUGAAAAAGUUCACGUCGGAAUCAAUCAGAAGCCUACUUCAAGAUUAGGAGGCUUCUUCGACGAUGGAUAAAAUCUGGAAACCUUCCUUGUGCCGUGUCUGGGUUUCAUAGUUUUCAAGUAAAGAUGAAACAACGCGUAAGAUGAUGCAUUCAGUCGCGGAUCUUCAUCCCAUCUCAAAAAAAUAAGGAAAGUUUGGCGAUAUUAUAACUUAGAAUCGUAACAUUUUAGAAUAUCUGCUUUGCUUUUUGAGCCAUUUGUGCUUAAUGCUUUAUGCUUAACUCGUAGGAAACACCCUCAAUGGUAAAGCUCACCUUAUAUUAUGUGGUAUGUUCUAAACAUAAAUCAGUCUUACAUCUGCAAAUGAGCUCUUUGGGUGUCUCUAUUUUCGGUAAGUAUCAGGUAAAUUGUUACGUUAUGUAUGAAGCCGAAAUCUGCGUAAUCUUGUUAACGAGUAUGAAAGUGUUUAUCCAAAGCAUGGGUUCCAUAAUGCCUAGAAUAAAUUAUGUGGUCUCUCCCUUUUCAAGGUGGGAAUCUAACAACCAAUCCCUUCCUAAAGAAUUCAACAGUUAAUAAUGUAAUUUAGAAGCAGCAAGAAAAAUCACCUUUAUAAUUCAUGACCCUCCAUUCUUUACAGAAACUCCGAGUACUAUAGCCAGCACCACCGUAACACCAGUUAAAAGGCGAUUCUGCGAUGGGGAGUGCGGCAGGUCUACCGUCACAGUGCCGAGGAUUGUGGGUGGGCAAGAAGCAAAAUUACACGAGUAUCCUUGGCAGGUUAAUCUGAAUAUAGAAGCUGAUGUCUUCGCUUCUCCUGCGACCUGCGGAGCGUCUAUCAUCAAGAAAUCAUGGAUAUUAUCAGCCGCGCAUUGCUUCGUUAAUCCCUAUACAUUCGACACGUACUCAAAUUUAAAAGUUGUGGCCACCUUAGCUGAACAUGACACCAACAAUAUGACAGAAACUGAGAGCAUUACAAUUGCUCCAAAUUAUCUCUACGUUCACGAUGAUUAUAAAACUGGACCCAACGCCGCAAAUUCCGAGGAGCAUGACAUCGCCCUUUUGUACUUGGGUGGAACACUUACAUUCGGAACUACCGUCAAACCUCUCUGUAUGCCAAGACCCGAAGACUACGUAGCGGAAAAAGAGGUCGUAGCUACUGGAUGGGGCGUCACCGAUUACGGUGGAAAUCAGUCCAACACUCUUCAAGAAGUGGGUCUGAACCUAAAAUCUCCAGAGGACUGUAAGACUCUCAAUGACAAUGCUCCUGAAACACAAUUUAUAACCGACAACAUGAUAUGCGCACUUGGCCAGAACAAAGAUGCCUGUCAGGGUGACAGCGGAGGACCCCUUAUCACUCUGGCCGAGGACGGGCGAUGGGUCCAGCUUGGGAUCGUCAGCUUUGGAUACAAGUGCGCCGAACCAAACGUUCCUGGAUUUUACACGAAACUUGUCAACUAUGUAGACUGGAUCGAGAAUGUGACUCGGUCCAGUGAUUGUUAAAAUAGCCAACAUUGUUUU